UUGAUUACAUUAUUUCCAUCUUUGUAACUUUCGCAAUUUUUUUUCUACUUGUCGGCCCCCUCAAAAGCUACAACAAAAAUUUCCCCUCCAUGAAUCAGAAUCAGGAAAUCAAAAAACUCGCUGUCAACAAAAUUUUUAAUCAAAAUAUUGCAGAAAAAGUGGAUUCUUGAAAACAAAAGCAUGUCGGAUUUCAUAGCAAAGGAUGUUAGUAUCAAACUCAAACGUGAUUUGGGAAUUUUUCAAGGUAAAAUCGUUCGUGCUGAACAAAAUAGCAUAACAAUCACUAACGCAUUUCAUAAUGGCAUGAAAAUGAAAAAGUUCACAGCAGAAGUAACAAUUGGAAAAGAUGAAAUUGAAGAAUUAAAGUUUGUUAAAGUUGCUGAUCCAACGGAAGUUGCUCGAAGUGUACAAAAUACUCCGUCGGCGUCAUCGAAUUCCACAAAAAAUCUCAUGGUCUUGCCAAAAUCUGAUAAUAAUCACAUGUCGUCGAAAUCUCUUCCUAACUUUACAAAUAAAAGUCCUUUCAUCAAACCGGUGAAGCCUGUUGAUAACCGGCAAAAAACAACAAAGCCAAUUACAAUAUUGAAGAGACCGACAGCUUCUACUUCCAACAACGCCUUAUCAUCAUCAUCAUCCGGUCCUCAACCUUUAAUUAAACAGGAUAACAAUGGAAGUGUCAAGAAAAAUAAGAAGCGAACUGCUAGAAAUUACGAUUUGAUGCAACCUGAUGACUUCAGUGAAGAAGAUUUCGAUUUUGAAGGAAAUUUGGCUUUGUUUGAUAAGAAAGAAAUAUUUAAGAAGAUCGACAAUGAAAACGAUAUUUGUACAAAGCCUGAUCUCGUGCGACAAAUUAAGACUGAGGGAAAGUUUCGUCAUGACGAGAAUGUUUUAGAUUCGAUGCUCAUGCAAUUCAGAAACGUACAAUUAGAAUUUAAGCCAAAGCAAGAGUACACCACCGAUGAGCCUGGAAUAAUCAUCCCAUCAAUUCCUCAAUCAUUGCGCAAUCGAAUUCAAAAUUUGGCAUGUGAUCAUGGACAUUUAAUUGAACGACAAAAUGAUUUUCUUGCUCGCGGAGCUACAGAACUUGCCUUGAAUCUUUUAGGAGGCUCACGACGUCUCUCACCAAAGAAUCUCCAUCAAUGGCCGCGUGUCACAGUCAUUUGUGAUGAACCUUACAACAUGCGUCAAAGUGAGAUUGGACUAUCAGUUGCACGUCAAUUGGCAUCGCAUGGUCUCAAAGUUAUGGUUUAUGUCAAGACUUCAUCGCACUCUGACAAGCCUUCUAAGGAACUUGAAUUAUUUACAGCAACUGGAAAUGAUUUCACUGGAAAUAUUCGAGACUUAACAAAUUCCGAUCUUGUCAUCAUGUCGGUCACAAAUAUGAAUCAAAACUCACAAAUUAUCAGAUAUAUUCAGAACAAUCGUGCACCAGUGAUGGCAAUCGAUCCUCCAGCUACGGGAAUUUCUGAAAUCUCAAUUCGAAAUGCUGUUUUGCCAAUUUUACCUCUCGAUGAUAUUCACAACACAUGCGGAAAACUUCAUCUCGUUAACAUUUGCAUUUCUGAGAAAUUCUUUAAAGAUGCUGGGAUUAAAUAUUCACCGAUAUUUGGAUCGAAAUUCAUCAUUCCAUUACAUUUGAAGAAUUGAAAUAACAAGAAUGGUUGAUGUGAAAUUGUUACAGAAAUUUAAUCAAUUAUUUUAAUAUGUAAAAGAAAAAUUUAAAUCAGAGUUGCAAAAAGUAAUUAAAGUAAAUUGAAUGAUUUUUUUAAAAUGAAAAGUAAUAAAAUGGAAAGUCAAUAAAUCACCAAGCAAUGAAAGUUGCCACAAAGACAGGAAAA